GGCCCCACUUCCCGAAUGUCACGUGGUACCGCCGCUCCUCGUGGGGGGUGGCGCGGAGACGUUUAACUUCCGGGUCACGUGGUGCUCCCCUGCCGGGUCACGUGGUACUGGUGAAUGCGCCGCGCGUGCUGAACGCGAAGAUGUCGGUGGGAGCAGUGGUGGUGGCAGGUGUCGCCCUGAUGUUUGCUCUGCUCAUCUCUUCCAUUCACCGCAUCGAUGAGGGCCACGUGGCAGUCUACUACAGGGGCGGGGCACUGCUGAAGGCGACGAGUGGACCGGGCUACCACAUCAUGCUUCCCUUCAUCACGUCUAACCGCGUCGUGCAGACCACCCUUCAAACGGAUGAAGUCAAGAACGUGCCUUGUGGAACGAGUGGAGGAGUGAUGAUCUACUUCGACCGGAUAGAAGUGGUUAACAUCCUGGCGGCAGAUGCAGUGUACGACAUUGUGAAGAACUACACCGCUGACUACGACAAGACGCUCAUCUUCAACAAGGUGCACCACGAGCUCAACCAGUUCUGCAGCGUCCACUCCCUGCAGGAGGUCUACAUCGAGCUGUUUGAUCAAAUUGAUGAGAACCUCAAGAUCGCCCUUCAGCAAGACCUCACCUCGAUGGCUCCAGGCCUCUUCAUACAGGCUGUUCGCGUAACGAAACCAAAGAUCCCGGAAGCCAUUCGAAGAAACUAUGAGCUCAUGGAGGGCGAGAAGACAAAGCUGAUGAUCGCGGCACAGCGACAGAAGGUGGUGGAGAAGGAGGCGGAGACGGAACGCAAGAAAGCCAUCAUCGAGGCUGAGAAGGUGGCCCAGGUGUCCAAGAUCCAGUUUGAGCAGAAGGUGCAGGAGAAGGAGACGGAGAAGAAGAUGUCGGAGCUGGAGGACACUGCAUUCCUUGCUCGGCAGACGACAAAGGCCGACGCAGAGUACUACACGGCGCUGAAGACUGCAGAAUCUAACAAGGUGAAGCUGACGCCCCAGUUUCUGGAGCUCAUGCGGUACCAGGCCAUCUCCGCAAACGCCAAGGUCUACUUUGGCCGCGACAUCCCCAGCAUGUUUCUGGACGGCAUGAUGCUGGGCGCCCGCGGUGGACAACCACCCACCAGCGGGGGGCAGCAACGGGAUGCCUCGACCGCCGAGGGCUCUCCUGGCGACUCCCAGGCCUCGCCGCAGCAGCAGCAGCAGCAGCACUAACGGCGGAAUGAAUGACAUCCGAUGCAAGCGACAGCUUGCACGGAAAGAUUAUCCUAGAAUCUGCGAGGAUUGACGCAUCGUAAGAUUAUUCCUACGCUGAACGAAGGGUGCAAGAGUUGACGUGUCAAAGAAAUGACUUUCACAUUGAAUGACAUCUACGCGGAGAGACAUCUACACCGAGUGAUUUUUAACAGUGACUCGUGUGGGAAUGACUUGCUGGUUGAAUUCUGCAUUGAUUGGCAUCUCGGCUGGAUUUCUUUAAAGACAAAAUAUAAAAAAAUACAAGAGUUGACUGCUAGAAGAAAUUACAUCAACUAGGAAUGACCUCUAUAGUGCAUUAUCUUUUUUUGCAGUGACAUCUCGGCUGAAUGAGUUGACACGUAUACCGAUUAAUGUCUGUAUGAAUUUACAUCAAUAAGGACUGACAUUUUUAACAAGUGAUUUCUAUAGCAAACGUAAAAUGACGUCUAGGGACUAACAUACACAGACGCACCUGGAGUUUCACGACGUGAGGACUGCGCGACAUUGAGACAAACACGACGCCACUAAAUCGGAACGGCAAGACAAAAGGGGGGUGGGUGGGGGGGCGGGAACUGUGCUAAAUGACGACCUGGCACACGCAGUUGUGGUGGUGUCGGCACCACACACCCUGUCCCAAACCAAUAAACGGCCGCCUCGGCAAAGGCUGGGCGACAACGCGGUGAGGGCGCUGUCGCCAAACUCGGGAAUAACCGUGGGCGCAGAGGUAAUGGAAACGGCACAGAACAUUCGUGUGCACGUGUUUCUGCGGGAAAAAAAUGAAAAAUGUCUUGAAUGGUAACUCUGAAUCGGUUACCUUUUUUUUUUUCCCCGCUUCACCAGGAUCGUAUACAGCGUUAGGAUUCUACAUCGAUCCUUCUCCCCAUGUUAACCCGCUCAAGGAGAAACUGGAAGAUAACAGAAAAUGCACCAGUUAUUUCGUAACAUGAUUUGAUUUCCUGCAGUGUAUAUGCAAUUUUAGUCUUUGUGCACUGAUGCUGCAAUACAUUAUUUUCGUCAAUGAAGCUGCGCCUUGUGGUGUUUCUCAAAUUAUGCCCAGCGCCUUGAUUUUGGAACAACUGUAAUCAACUCUCAAAACUGUUGUUUUGAAAGGCGCCUUUCUUAAAGCAAUGCGCCGAUGUAUAAUUUAUCAUUCUCCGAAAAAAACUUGGGAAAUCCAUGCCUGUCAACCCAUAUGGUUUACCCUUCCUCCCCCCCCCCCCCCCCCCCGUAUUCUUGUACAGAAAAAUUGAGUUUUCAGGUCCAUACGGCGUACAGCCGUUUCAAUACGGGCACAAACACAUUUUUUCGUCUGUGUUUCUCCCUUAUGAUCGGACUUCUUUGUUUGAUGAACGUUGAGAUUUAUAAGGGCACGGGGGUGACCAAUAAGGUCUGAAUUGAGCUGUAAAAAUGUAGGCACUGAAAAGGGGUUGACAGGUUAAUCUGAACCGUAACUUAGAUGCUGUGUUAGCUUUCAUCCAUGAUGCCGGGCUGAACAGGUAACGUGUAUUCUUUUUUUUAAGAUUGGGAUGUUUAGAUAGUCUCUUAUUUGACGAGGUAGAGAAUUCCACAUGGUUGGGGCCAUAUAAGCAAAAGAAUGGGCCCGGAAUGUAUGUUAACACUCUGAGGAUGUAUAGCCAUUGUGACACCCACCUCAUAAGCAGUUAACUACUUGUAGGAGGCCAUACACAAGUCAUACACAAGUAGGAUUCUAAUAAGCUGUGUGAAAUUGCAGUGUUCUUUCCUCGUAUGCAUUGGGGUUUUUUCCCCCAUACACUAGUUUCUGCCCACACAAAAAUAGAACUCAAAGGAACCCGCGAAACAUCCCAAGCACGUCCUUUCUGAGUAUUGUCAUCCAUUGACUUUCCCGGGUAAACAAAGAUAACAUUGUUUUUCGUAGAGUGUUUUUGCUGUGAGCAAAGCACGAGAGUAGCAAAAAUAAUGUUAUGAAUUUCAAUUCCUGUGCGGGAUCAACUCGGCCAUCCUUCCAGGGCCAAUGAAUACCAUUUGUGGGAAGUUACACUUGGUCAUCCCAUGAAGAGACUUCCACCAUGUGAAUGUGGAAUUUCCUCCGCUGGCUAAGGGCCACCACGAAUGGAGACGAUUACUGCCCCAGUGGGGAUGUCGGGUUUGAUUGCCUUGACCUGUGGAGUCUAUACACUGUACAGCUGCCGUAAUUUACAUCGUACUCGCAAGCUCCGUUCAGCAGUGAGCAGCCAAUGCCGCCAAUGAAAGGAAAUUCCUCAUGCACUUUGCGGCUUACGACACCAAGUGGCGAAUCCGAGUAAGCCAUUGUGCGCCCAGCCAUUGGAUACACAUGGACCCAUUCCCCCUGUGAUCGCCAAACCCUCCAAAAGCCCGGUUAUUCUCCGUAACACCAUGGCGCAAGGGAAAGACGUGCGAGUGAAUAUCUCAAAAUGGUUGAGCUUUUGAAAAUUAAGAUUAAUGUAACUGUUGUAAACAUUGAGCACUCCAGUGUGGGGUGGGCCCUGCAGUGUGUAUCGCGUGUGCGGCCUCGGGUUCCCAUUGCUUGUAAGACACUGUGCGUGCGAUGGUGCUGGGGUUGUGAAAGGGGCGAAUGUAGCUGCAUUAAUGCUGAAUACACCAGGUAAGAAUGCAGUUUAAAUAUACAUUUUCCCAACGCAUAGGUCCCGUAAUGAGUAGGGAUUAGUGUUUUAGAUUUGGAGCUUUCCUGACUGCAAGCAUUCAUACUCAUUGUUUUUUUCGGUAAAGUCACGUAGGUAAAAUAAAAGAAAACAACUAAAUUAAAUCACGACGUUUCGGAGGCAACACAAGCUUCCGUCUUCGGGUGGAAUAGUACUGAUGUGACUUACCGAAAAAAACAAAGAGUAGGAUUAGUAUUGGUUCUUUCGGUAAAGUCACGUCGAAUGGGGAUAAAAUAAUAAAAAUAAAAAUUCUCACGAUGUUUCGGAGGCAACACAAGCUUCCGUCUUCAGGUGGGACAGUCACAGCAAGAUCGCUGAUCAAGAAUAACACUAGGAUUGGUGUUAUAUACUAGGAUUAGUGUUAUUCUUACUCGUUUGCGUUGUGUUUGUCAUUCCAAAUUUUGCUGCAAAAUUCUGUGCUUGCCGAAUGCAUGCAAUCUUCCUAGGCUAUUGCUAUACUCAAACACUAAACAGCUACUCAAAUGACUUUUUUCUCCUAGGGUUUAAUGAGGCCGUGGGCUUUAAUUAUUGCUAAUUGGAAGUCCCCCAGCCGUUUUUGCUGUGUGGUGCGGAUAGGUUGUGGUCUGAGGUUUAGUGCUCUUUUUAGUUAAUUCAUUGAGCCAUAUGUAAUAUCUAUUUUGACGUCUGAAUCGAUGUUUUCUUAUUCUCAUAGAUACUAUAUAAUUAAUAUCUUAGCUGUGUAACAAUGCAUAGUCCUGUCCACUGGGCCAGUUUCUACAAAGGCAGUAAGUUUGAUUGUUGCUGCUGCUGCCCAGUAAUGUCUGUGGAGCCGAUCAAAGCGUGCCGUUUUCUGUAAAGUGGAUAUUAAAGAACUUGUAGAUCAUUCACAAGAUUGGGCCAUUUUGUGUCGGUGUAAGAUCUCAAAUUUGAAAAUUACCUCCAUAUUGUUAAAUGGCAGAAGUGGUUGAUGACGGUGUCAGGAGCACCAUCCUGGGUUCAAAUCUUACAUUCCGGUCUGAAAUUAAAUUAUCUGCCCAGAUUCGCAAUACAUGAAGAAUGUAACAAUCAUUUCAAUUACUUUGAAAUGGUUAAACAUGUAUCGGACGACUUAACGCGGUGAACCAUGCUCCGCAAGCAGGUCUUUGAGGAGUUGCCGUGUUGUACCAUCCAUCUGCAGUCUUUCCUCAUGUUGACAAGGUUCUCCUGUUUGUGGGAAGAUUGUCAGUGCAAUGCGCUUUUCUUGGCCUCUUUCCAUUGAUGGGUAUCAAUGUUGGAACAUAAUUUUGCUUCAAUGUCCCAACAUAGUAAACGCAAUGGCAGAUGCAUUUCCGCAACGUCUGUGCAUCUUUUGAAAAGGCGUGAAUCUCCCGGUGCAGUUUUUCACCCCCCCCGAGUACAUUCAGCCACUCAUUUUCAUUGGAACACGGAUGUUAACAAUGUUCUAUAUCUGAAAAAAGCGUUUGUUAAAGGAGUUAUAAAAUGUCAUGAAUGAACGCUUGGUGGAGCCCUUGAGUUAACCUGGAUUGAACAGUGCCUUCUUCGAGGUUGUCCUCUGGAUAGACUUGCCAUCUCCAGGGCUACUUCAAAGCCACCUGUGGAGAUGAUCGCCAUCCCACGCCAGCUCUUGUUUUGGGUGCACAACUACCAUCCGGUUGAGUACAUUGGGCCCUUGCAGUCCACACGUAGCUCAAUGUUGAGUGAUUCUCACCUAUAUGCAAGCUUUUAUCAAGGGUCCGAUUGUCUCAAGCCUAUACAUCUGGGUGCCUGCGGAACGGAGGAAUAACGGUGCAUACGAGGGAAAGGUUCUUGAAAACGCGGUGCCACGCUUAAUAAUCGGCGGCGAGCUGAUCCCAUAACUAUGUACUGGGUGAUGUAUAAUUGCAUUGUUGGUGUUAGGAAAUAGCAUAUGAAACAAAAAAUAAGUUCCAGCCCUUUUGUGAAUUUAGUGUUGGGCUAAAAAAAAAAAUCGUCUCUCAGACAAAUUUGUAUAAUAGUCGUUUCUACUUUAUGGUUGGCCAGAAUGCAUUAUAUUAUGUUCUGUCAUUACUAUAGGCUGUAAUAAGUUAAUGGUGGAUAAAUGCACACCUUCAGCUGCCCCUUACUGUAAUUAUAAUUUGUUGUGGUCUAUGCCAGGUUUGCGCCAUGCGUUUCCUCCAUCGUGAACUGUAAAAUGCCUCAGAAUAUUGGGCUGCACUUGCCUCUGUCCGUUUGUUUCCCAGCUGCCUGGCCAUAAAGAAAAUACCUGGAACUGCAGAGGUUACAACAACAGACACUGUUAUGAGGAGGAUAUUAUUCUUGAAUCCAGUAGAAUAAGAGAUGUUGAUGGAAAUGAGGGACCUGAUCCACUUGACUUCACACAGCCAGUCGUAUGCCUGCUGUGUCAAAGCUGCGAAAGCAUCUUCAAGAAUGCAACACACGAUUGGAAAUCAUUAUCGGUCGUGCACGACUGCUUGUUGCAAAUGUAGACUUUUGUUCUGAGGCAAAUGGACCGAUCAAGCAAGGCAGCUUGUGUUUUGAACAUUUGAAUGUUUAGUUGUCGUUUAAAGGCUGGGCUGAAUUAUUCUGUUGCUAAAGUUGACACCUUUGCCGUGAUGUAUUGUCUUUUCAUUUAAUUUCACCGUUCACAGCAUGGCAAAUGUGUUGCUUUAUAGGAACUGCAACAUUUUAAAUUGGUCAUGCUGCCGGCUGCGUUAUUUUUCACUUUUGUAGGGGGUUUGUUUUCUUAAUUUAAGUAGUAAGUAAAAGUAAGUUAUUGGUUUCUUGAUUUAAAAAAAAUCAUUUGAAUAAGAUGGCUGCUUUGUUGUGUCUGUGGCUUAAAAUUCAGCUAUAGGAGAAACACAUUUUUCGCUAAGCAAAGUGUUACAUUUUCAGUGACAUGACCACUUGACAUUCCAGAUUUGAACCACCAUUUCUAUCCAGUGAGGGUUUGUUUAAAAUUAUCAUCCCGCAGUACAAGUAAAAAAAAUGCGGUCUCUGUCAUGUAUUGUAAAUUAUUUAAAUGUUUUUGGGUCUUCAUCGGAGUGAAUUAGUUUCCCUUGGACUCAAAUUAUACAAAAUAAAGAGUCCACGCCGAUCUGACACUUAAAUAAAUUAGUUCAGUAUAAUCCACAAGAACAUAAAUUUGUUUUAAAUUUCCUCAUUUAAAAGUUGCGAGUAACCUAUUUGGUUUUACCCCGUGGAAGAAACCUGCCCUCAUCAAUCUACAUUUCAAGCCCAAAAAAGUGGUUUUGUGUUUCCAUAGCUUUAGAUUUAUGCAUCCUUAAAAUUCCUUUAGAUUUGUAUUGUUUUCAACUACAAAUGUGUUAUUGUGAGAAUGUAAAAAAACGGUCUGGUUUCACGUCUUAAGUGAAUGGCCACCACCGAAGCCACAGUUCAGUGACAUCUCAGUAAAAGUUGCGAUGUGGAAUUGAGCUUGUUGUGAAAAGCUCAUGGGAAAUCUUUAAUGUUGGUGACUUGAUUGGUGUUUUGUUGUGCCGACUGACGCAGUGAGUGAAUGCUUUUCAUUUAAAUCCUGCUAUUUUAAUUUUCUGCCUCUGCAAAAUGCUACUUUUUUAUCCAUCGGUGACAAACACGAGGACUGCUUGUGAUCUUAUAAAAGACACGCUUAUAGAGUCGGUAGUUACCUUUUGGAUUUUCUCCGUUGUGCAUUGUUAUCGCUUAAUUUGGUGUCUGGUGGGUUUUUGACGUCUUUAUGAUGAUUUGGGGUUUGUUUUGAAGGGGCUUGAAUGGGUGAUCAAGAUUCAUCUCACCCAAAAGUGGCUUAAUAAAAACUAGGGUUGUUAAAA